GUGGGGAAAAGUCGACAAGAUCUUGAAUGAAGCAGUAAGAGGAAACCAUGGACUUUUCAACCAGUCUUCGGUGUUAAAAUGGGUAUUCUACAAGUCUAUGUUGCAAGUGAUUUUGGGCAUUACUAUGUAAGUGCUGAUCCAAUCAUGGAUAACAUUACACGACUGACGCAGGCAAUUGGAAUGCCUUCUUUCUUCCUAUCAUUUGUCAUAGUACCUCUUCCUGUCAAUGCAAGAACUGCCUUUAUUGUCCUCAGCAAAAUAGCAGAGUUCCACAACUUCAUCUUUGACAUCUUUAGAGAUCUAUGUAGAGGUGAUCAUGAACAACAUUAUGGGGAUAUCAACUGUGUUAACUGUAUUAUAUGGAAAGGACUUGAGAUGAGAGUAUUUAGCUGAAGUAUUGGUAUCUAUGGUGAUCUGUUCUGUAAUUGGCACUUUUGCUUUCAUUUAUACCACUUAUCCACUUUGGACUUGUACUGUAGCUUUCUUGUUUUAUCCUAUUGCACUUAUACAUUAUUUAUCCAAGAUAAUCGUUACAAAUUUUCUUUGAUAUUCAAUUAUGAUGAUGUAAUUGAGUGGUUGGAGCGAAUCUUAGAAUA